AGGUGCUGGCUACUGGGCCGAUAGACUUUGCCACAUCUCGGAGGGCAUCUUCGUGCUGGGGCAACCGAACCGUUUCCGAACUCCAUCCACGAGACUUUUCGUCUCGUUUAUUCUUCAUGAUCUCUCGGCCGAAUCUGCUCCCCCGAAACCCAGAGAUUUGGUCGCAAUAGAUUCGACGAAGCAUGUUUAGAGCCUCCCAAUUUCCCUCCCUCUCUUGUCCAGCCUUCUUCUUGUCCGACCUAAGGCUCCCAGUCCUCUCCUCCCUCGACUUCUCUUCCUUUAAAUCCCCGCCCUCCUCUUCCUUCUCCAAAUUCCCACCUCUCCAAAGACUGAGAGCACCCACCGCAUCUUCAUUCCCUUCUCCUUUCUCCAGGAGGCCCCCGUCCAUGAUGGGUAACCCGAGGCUUCGAGGCAAAGCUUCGUUUAGUGCUGGAAGUACUGGACGAGAGAAUAAAGAGUUAUUGGUUCAGCAUUUGCUUGUUGGUGAAGACAACCUUAAGCUGUUGCUGGAUCUCCAACAGCGGAUUUCACGGGGAGAUGAUUUAAGUGAUUUGGCUGUGGAGUAUUCUAUAUGCCCAUCUAAAGAAAAUGGUGGGAUGCUUGGAUGGGUUCGAAGAGGGCAAACGGUGCCUGAAUUCGAGGAAGCUGCAUUUAAUGCUCCUUUAAAUAAAGUUGUGCGUUGUAGGACUAAAUUUGGCUGGCACCUCUUGCAAGUACUUUCUGAGAGGGAAGAAUCUGUACUACUGGAUAUUGAGCCAGAAGAACUUCACUCAAAAAUGCAAGAUCCAAGUUUCAUUGAGGAAGCUCAGUUGAUAGAUGUCCGAGAACCUGAAGAAGUAGCUCAAGCCUCUUUGCCAGGUUUUAAAAUACUUCCUCUCCGUCAAUUUGGAACAUGGGGAUCUGUAAUAACAGAUGAGUUUGAUCCUCAAAAAGACACCUAUGUUUUGUGCCACCAUGGUGUACGGUCGUUGCAAGUAGCCAAAUGGUUGCAGACUCAGGGAUUCAAGAGGGUGUUCAAUGUCUCAGGAAGGAUUCAUUCAUAUGCUCUCAAGGCUGAUCCUUCCAUACCAACAUAUUGAGCAUUAUCAACAUUUGUCAGCUAUUGGAAGAAUUUGUUUGAAUAUGGGUUAUAUUGUAAAGUUGAUUGUGGCAAUUGCCCUUCUUUUGCCAAUAGUUGAGAGAACCGUGAGCUUGCAAAUAAAUGACAGGAGAGAUGCAUGGGGAUGUGGCUGAGAAUUUGUAGUUUUUUGUGAAAUAUGAACUUUAAAAUACUUCUCAACAAAUAUAUAUAUAUAUUUUAAUGAAAUGAAGGAAACAAAAUUGGUUGGUGAAAA